AUGUCCCUCAUUGAAACAUACAAAACCUUCAACUCACAAGAGAAGGAGGUCGUCGAAAUUCUAGCGGGGAUGUUGAAGUCCGCGGCGCCUGCACAGGGCGCUUCAAGCUUGGCAUCUACUGGCAGCCGGGCUGAAGCUCCCAGUUGGACCCCUAUCAACGAACCUGUCAAGAAAGCGAGCAGCAGCUUGAGCCAGCUCGUUCGGGAACCGUCUCCUGAGAGGCUGGUUCCUGAACAGCUGGCAACGGCUAGUGAUCGGGAGCAAAACGACGGCAAAGUCACGGCUCCCGCCGCCCUCGUCAGCACAAACGAAAGAGAGCCGGCUCAGAUCGGCAUUGGCUUGGCCCCCAAGCCUCGGCGGCCGUUGCCAACGAGCAAGCCCAAACAGCAACGGGGUCAAGAGGCCAAUAAAGACAAUCAACAACCGCCAUCACCACCGGCGGUAAAACCAGCAACUGGAUCAAAAGCCGCCCCAGUCGCGGGAAAGAAGGCGCAGGCGAAGACUGCAGCAGCCGCGAACAAUAAGACGCGGACCAACGCUGCCAAACCCGCGGAUAAGAAGCCGCAGACGCAGGCCACCAGUGGCGAAAGGGAGAUAUGCAAAUGCUCCAAAUGCUUGGAAAGCAACCCCGAGGGCAUCGAGCAGUGCGCCAAAACAACGAAGGAGCAUAUUCGGGCCGACAGGGAAAGAAACAAAGGCAUGAGGCCCCCCGAGCCCUGCAAACGUUGUCUCGACAGUAAGAAUGAAGAUGAAUGCUUCUAUAGCGGAGGCAAAGUCUGCUCAAGGUGUAUGAAGUUGAAGGAGAGUUGCACCUUGAAUCCGUCCCCGGGAAAGGGAAGGAAGAGAGAUCAGGAUAAAGUGAAGCGGGAGCAGAAGAAGAAGCAGACUGAGAGCCCUGCCGGGGAUGAGAACACGGACGAGGCGGAGGAGGUCUUGGAGGUUGUGGAGCCCCCGAAGAAGAAGACGCGCACGAGGGCCAGCAAGAAGAGUCCCCCAGCUGCGCAACAGCCGUCUGUUGGCUCUCCUGCCGGAGACGAGGCUGGUGAGCCGCCUGCUGCCGGUGAUCGCGAACGUAGCUCCAGCGAUGACGGUUCUCGGACCAUUGGUGGGAGUCCGUCUUCAAGUGGCGCCACAGUUGGCGAGAGCGGGGAGUCGUCUUCGAGUGAACCAUGCGGUUCUCCCCCCGGAAAAGGCAGAGUUGAGGACUCGCAUGAUUCUUAG